AUUGGAUUCGUUAGAAGCUGUCCGGAAAUGUAAUACUGCAAAUCUUAUUGAUUGGGAUCAACCUUGUCAUAUCUCAUAUCGGGAUUCCAAGGAUUCCGAAGGUGUAUGCACACCUCCAACCAUCAAAGUGAAAAUGACUGACGUAAGCCCUAUUGAGAUGAUGGCGAAUAGUUUGAUACAUACGGAGAAUAGGAAUGUCAGUGAUCUCGAUGAUUACAACUAUAUCUCCUUCCUGAAAGAAUUUGACGUCGAGGAAUCCAGUUCAACGGAAAGUACAGCUAGAUCUAAACGCAACAGACAUGAAUAUGAUGACGAACCCAGGGAAUCGCGUCCCUGGAAGAAAACAAAAUGCGCCUCAAAUACAUCAAGUAUUCAGGACCUCGUUGAUCUCAGGGAAUGUGAGGCACUCUCGUCGAAUCCGCUAUAUUCUGACUCAGAUGUUUCGUUUAAAUCUGUAAAAAGCAACUAUUCGUUUAAGACUCGAAGGAGACGACAAAAGCCGGAUACGAAUUUAUUUAGAGAUGUAAUACAUCGUUCGAAAUCUAUGAGUAAACCAAUUUACUCGGUCAGUAAUACUCAAGGCACGCCAAGGAGAGAGAAGAGUUUACGCCGAAGUAACCGUACUAGGGCCUGGAAAAUUAUGGAGCUGUGUUCAUGGAUUGGUAAGAAGGGUUACCAAUCAAUAGCUGGUCUUUACACUGAUAUAGUUCAUAAAGAACAGACAGAAGAUAAGCCCGGAUCGAGAGAAGAAAUAAGAGAACUGAAGAAGAUGGUUGAGGGCUUGAGCGAAGGUCAUACGAGGUUGUCAAAAGAGAACGAAAGUCUGCAGGAGCAGAUGAAGAAGAUGAUGAGCAAGCUGGAAGAACUCGAGGGUAAGCUCAGCCGUCAAGCGUCGCAGCCAGGACCCUCGUGUCCCCCUCCACCGCCGCCGCCGCCUCCCCCGCCGCCGCCACCACCACCGGCGCCCAAAUUGACAACAAAUAGACUAGAACGACGACCCUCUGCUCCGUCUCGGUUAGCGGGGCCAAGACUAACAAUCACGCCGGAAGAUAUCGCGAACGUGAAGCUGAGAAAGACGAAGGUAAAUCCUGUAAAACCAAAGCCAAAGGAUAGUCCGCAAUUGUUGGUGACGCAACAUAUAUUGGAAGCGUCACGCGCUAAGCUAGGCAGAGCGCGAUCAGCCGCUGCUUCAAGUCCAAAAAAACAACUUACUGAAUUCGAGAAUCUACUGCAGGGGACGUCAAUGACUUCAAUGUACCGGCGGAGGGUGACUCGCGGGGGCUCCGCCAUCCGCAGCGCAGAGGACAUCCGGGCGAGACCUUACCCGGCUAACAAAUUCCCGCGCUCACCACGCUCCCCGCGCACCUCUUCUCUCACACGAGUUACCCCCAUCUCCCCUCUCAAGUUCCAACUCACCUGUCUUAAUGAUAAAUGACUUAGUUGACCGCCACUGCAGAAAAUAUUUCUCUGCCGAGCUAUUGUGGUCUUUGCAAACGCUAAAAUAAUAGUGAAAUUCAAAUGCGCAAUUUUUAUAAUGUUCAGAAUAUUCGUUUGUUCUAUAAUACGUGAAUGGGUCCGACGGCACACCUUGGGCACAAAACUUAACACUUAAUAUAAUAAGUGUGCGUAAGACAUUUCCGCAGUUACUUCUAAGGUCACUUUGGUAACAACCUAUGUAGGUUGUAGUUUAAAGAUUAACAUUGCUGUCGAAAUAACGAUUUUACACUACAUUUUUACUCUUACUUAACACUCUCUAUGGAUUUUAUUUAUUAAUUUUCGAUUCAUUAUAUUAAUGAAAGAAAAUUAAAUAAUGAAAGAUACAUUCGUUGGGUAGAACUGCAGUGCGCCUCGCCAUAAUAUGCGCGCUAGUCUUUUAUCUCUAAAGACAAGUUACAUUACGAGCAAAUGGCUUAAAAAAUCUAGAACUGUCUAAAGUUGACUAAAGUAGUUGCGACAAGUAAGACAAGUUAAUUCUUUCGGGUCAUAAAUACAGUUAUCCCAGAUUGCGUCCCAACUGCCGGGCUUACAACAGCUUCCAUUCUGAUGAGACGCAAUUAGUAAUAACCAAUUAUUAAUCGACUCAUCGGCGCUAAAUUUAACGUAUCCUGUAAAACUAAUCGGGACGCAUGACGGAAUGAAUUGAUGUACCUACCUACACACUAGGACCAAACUGCAUGCAUUCGUGCUAUGCAUGUAUGCGUGAAGUCUUAUUUUUAUACAUGUAUCAUAAAUUCGCGUUGGAACGCAAAACUGAUAGGCUCACCUACCUUACCUAUUUUAAGGAAGGUAAUCAUCGCCAUUAAUUUCUUCGUUGAGCCAUAGACUAUAUACCUAUGAUGGAUAAUUUUAGUUAAAAUAAUACAAAACACGAACUGUUUUCAAAAUAUUUUAUUUUAUAGUCAAUAAAUUAUCUAGACACGCGUAUUUGAGGUGUAUGUCUCUGGCAACAUUUUUAUAAUAGUUACAUAUCUGUAAAAUAAAUAUAUACCAACGCGAAACAUUUGACUUCCACAAUGGAUGUCCAACAUAAUUACUAACAUUCCUGAAGAAUUUUACAUUCUAGAAAUAUAAUCCCUUUUUACCUAACUAAUCAUGACAAUAAUAAAAUUAAAAUAUUAAUUUGACAAUAUUAGCAAAUCUUUAACGUAGUUUUUUGUUGAAUGCGAUGUUAAUUUAUGUCUGUAUCAUAGUUCCAAUAGAAUAUUUAUUUAUAGUAAACAUGAUUUUACUAAUAUUAUUAUCAUGUCACGUUUAAGAAUAUAAAGAAAAUUCAUUACUUAUUAUGUAAGUACUUGACAUACGUUUUAGUUCCAUAUUAAUUUUGAGUUCCUAAAUACCUUUAUCGCAUGGUCAGCUAAAUUCAGUUGGUCCCUGAUAUAAUUAAUUGAUCAUAUUAUCUGUUUGUUUGUACCUACUUAUGAAUAAAUCGGUCUUAUUGAAUUUGAUAAAAUUGUAUGUUAUUAUUUAAUUUAAUUUUGAUCAAACAUUGUACAUUUGUGUUCGUAAUAAAAUCUUUGGAAUAUU